AUGCCAAUAAAUGAUGAGUCAAUUCCGCUAGCCCCAUGGCAUGGCCAAACUCCGACCCUACUCGAAUAUGGACACUCACCAUGGAGAGAAAGCAGCCAGAUUGCGGCAACUUUUUAUGAUAGAGGGUAUAAGCUUUGGACGAAAGAUGAUCUACGAGAUAUCGAGAGGCAAAUCGAGCAAUCUGUUAAUCAGAUGGUCUUCUCGGUUCGCUCUAUCAACGGAACGUUGAUACAGAUCAGGAACCUCAACUUUGAAAAAGACAAUCCGAUCUGGAAACCAUUCGUCAAGUACCAGGAGUAUUGGCGGCUCGUCAAAACGCAGCCUGAUGGCCCACCUGAAACAUAUCUUUGUUCUUACCUUCCGGAGUGGAGUAAUUCGACAGUUCGAGCUUUCCGAGGCAUCGUGAAAGACCCAAUUUCGAUCUUCGAGAGAAACCGACAUAUUUGGAACGGGAGCGAGAGCUGCAAGUUGCUCAAGUCAUGCCUUCAACAACAUCUCACUACCCGACAAGUGACAAAAGUAGCCUGUUUCGGUCUAGGCGACGUAUGCCGCAAGCCUCCGGAAUGGCUUAGAAGACAAAUAACUUCUGAUGAAGAUGAGCUAGAUGCGAGUAUCGUAUCGCCCAAUAUGCUCCAGCAUUUGAUUGCUGUGACCAUAGUGGAAGUAUGCCGUGAACAUACAAGGAGUAGUGUUGAGCUACUCGCUCAGGAUCCAGACUACACUCGUGAGACAGAAGAUAUUCUCAAACAGAACGGAUUUUCCAUUGUUGGGCGACACGGUGCUGGAGGAUUCGCUGAGAUUGACGACACCACAAUAGUGUUCUCAGUCUUCGUCGAAGCACCUUUGAAGCAGAUCAUUGCAGACAUUGCACGACCAACUAUGAUAAUAAGCACUGGAUUUGAGGUGUUCAAUGACCACGAGUUGAGUUUUCCUUCGUUAUGUUCCUACGAUCCCCUAUUGAUCUAA